UUGUGUUUCACAACCAACCACCGGGGCUACGGCGUGACAUUCACCGGGGUGUCAGCACUGUUAGGGCCGUGUGAAAGCCGAAUUACGACGACCCUGUGCUCGAUUAAGUUAUUGUCAAAAUGAGAGUACUAAAGGCGGGUCUGUCUUUGGCCAAGACGCAUCUUUUGGCACCCGGAAGCGUCACACUUAAAAAGGUGCUCAUCAACAGUUGUCGGACUUGCUCGUCCGGCGUAUUUCCCAACGAGAGGAUCCGCAACAUCGGGAUCUCAGCUCACAUCGACUCGGGAAAGACCACACUGACCGAGCGUGUCCUCUACUACACUGGCAGGAUAGCAGAGAUUCACGAGGUGAAGGGUAAGGAUGGUGUCGGAGCCACUAUGGACUCCAUGGAGCUGGAAAGACAGAGAGGCAUAACCAUCCAGUCAGCUGCUACGUACACCAUGUGGAAAGACCACAACAUCAACAUCAUUGACACACCAGGUCACGUGGACUUUACUAUCGAAGUGGAGCGAGCGCUGCGUGUGCUGGACGGAGCCGUGCUGGUUCUGUGCGCCGUCGGAGGCGUCCAGUGUCAGACCAUGACCGUAAACAGGCAGAUGAAACGCUACAACGUCCCCUUCCUCACGUUCAUCAACAAGCUAGACCGAACGGGUGCCAACCCCUCCAGAGCCCUGCAGCAGCUGAGAUCCAAACUGAACCACAACUCAGCAUUUAUAAACAUCCCCAUUGGCCUGGAGAGCAACAUGCGCGGCAUCGUUGACCUCAUCGAGGAGAGGAGCAUGUAUUUUGAAGGGCCGUUUGGUCAAAACAUCCGCUACGAUGAAAUCCCGGCAGAGUUUCGCGCAGAGGCCGCGGACCGGAGGCAGGAACUUGUGGAGUGUGUCGCUAACGCUGAUGAAAUCUUGGGAGAGAUGUUCCUGGAGGAAAAAAUCCCAACCAUAGACGACCUGAAGGCCGCAAUCCGUAGGGCCACGGUGCAGCGUCUCUUCAGCCCCGUGCUGGUGGGCACAGCGCUGAAGAACAAGGGCGUCCAGCCUCUACUGGACGCUGUCCUGGAGUACCUGCCGAACCCCAGCGAAGUCAAAAACUAUGCCAUCUUCAACGAUGAAGAUUCAGACAAAACAUCAAAGGUUGAAAUGGACUCUAACAGAGACCCUGCAAAACCUUACGUUGGUCUGGCCUUCAAACUUGAGGCCGGGAGGUUUGGCCAGCUGACCUACAUGCGUGUGUACCAGGGCUGUCUGAAAAAAGGAGAGUACAUCUACAACACCCGCACAAGCAAGAAAGUCAGAGUUCAGAGGCUUGUGCGUCUCCAUGCCGAUCAGAUGGAGGAUGUGGAGGAGGUUUACGCCGGAGAUAUCUGCGCUAUGUUUGGGAUCGACUGCGCCAGCGGAGACACUUUUACAUCCAAGACUAGCAUUAACCUGUCAAUGGAGUCCAUUCACGUCCCAGAGCCUGUCAUUUCCAUGUCCAUGAAGCCAGCCAACAAGAAUGACCAGGAUAAAUUCUCCAAAGGUAUCAACCGUUUCACCAGAGAAGACCCGACGUUCAGAGUUCACUUUGACCCCGAGAGCAAAGAAACCAUCGUGUCAGGAAUGGGCGAGCUGCAUCUUGAAAUCUACUCGCAGAGAAUGGACAGGGAAUACAGCUGCCCCUGUGUGAUGGGGAAACCCAAGGUGGCUUUCAGGGAGACCAUCGGCAGUCCUGUACCGUUUGAAUUCACCCACAAGAAGCAGAGCGGCGGCUCGGGGCAGUACGGUAAAGUUAUCGGGGUCCUCGAGCCUCUUGAUCCAGAGGACUACACCAAGUUGGAGUUUGAAGACCAGACUGUGGGAACCAACGUCCCCAAGCAGUUUGUACCAGCUGUUGAAAAGGGUUUCAGGGAGGCCUGCGAGAAGGGACCCCUGAGCGGCCACAAGAUCUCAGGAGUCAGAUUCCUCCUGGAAGACGGAGCGAAUCACAUGGUCGACUCCAAUGAGAUCUCCUUCAUCCGAGCGGGAGAGGGCGCUCUGAAACAAGCCAUGGAUAAGGCCAACACGGUCAUCCUGGAGCCAAUCAUGUCCGUGGAAAUCGUCGCGCCUCAGGAGUUUCAAGGAACAGUCAUCGCGGGGGUAAACCGUCGCCACGGAGUUAUCACGGGACAGGACGGAGCCGACGGGUACUUCACUCUGUACGCCGAUGUUCCACUCAACAACAUGUUUGGCUACUCCUCAGAACUACGCUCCUGCACUGAAGGAAAGGGAGAGUACACCAUGGAGUACAGCAGAUAUCAGCCCUGCCUGCCGGCCACACAAGAAGAGCUCGUCCACAAAUACUUGGAGUCUACAGGGCAGCUGCCUGUGAAGAAGAACAAGUGGAAGAACUGAAAGCUGUCCGCUCGACCGGUCACUAUUGGACUUUGACCGUUUCGUCCCUCAUCUUCACGCAUUCAUUUUGCUCAUCACCAACCAGGACAAUCUAAGGCUCCAAUUUUUGGAUCUUGACACAACUGACAUUUAACUUCCCUGUUAUUUAGCCCCUUAUCCUGAUGUCUGCCCCCAUGUAGUAAACAUAUUUAUUACCUCGAUUUUAAGACCACUUCACAGCCUGUGUUAAAAAAUGGAAAGUUACAGCAAACUCAGUGUUAAACCUGAGCUUAUAAUGGCUUAUGUACUAUGUACAGAAUGGUCUUGAUGUAACCGUGAUCCAACAAAGACAUACAUCCCUCUUUUAAAGUGUAUUUUUUUUCUGCA